UCCUUAGAUUUUAAUUUCUCUACAUCUUAAAAAGUUUUUUUUAAUUUAACACAUUUUUGAAAUUUUAUUUAUAUUCACUAUUAGGUUAUUUUGUUGUUUUAACUUCAGUUGACUUUAAAUACUUCUAUAGAAGAGAGAGUGAGAGAGCAAGACAGUUUUUAUUUGAGAGCAAGAGAGGUACAGUUUAUAUUAGAGAGAGGGGGAGGAGGGGAUUAGUGGGACAGAUAAAGGAGGAGGAGUAGAAGCCAGGACAGAAGAGAAGCGAAGAAAAUCAGGAGAAAAAAAGACAGUAAUACAAAGAAAAGAAGAGAGGAGGAUGGAUGUUGUAUCGUCUGUUUAAUCUGCUUAUCCAGAAAGACCGACAGGCUGAACAUCUUCAGGUGAUUGGACAAUGGUAACCACAAGAACUCAGGAUCCAUAACAAUCACAUGUGAUGAGGGUCCUGCAGACCUUCUGAAGAAUUGUCCAUUCAUCAUGUACUUGUCCGUCAUACCCAUCCUUGUCCUGCUGCCAGUGUUGGGAAGGACUCAGACUGGUGCUGGCUUUGAUGUGUGUCGCUCUCUGCGCGCUUCGGAUGGGGGACCAGGUUGGGAGUUCUACGCCUGUCAGCCAGCAGCCACAAACAUGAAGGAGAUGAUGCAGAUCAAAGUAGACCCACCCGGGAUCACUUGUGGAAACCCUCCCGAAAGAUUCUGUACGCUGGAGAACCCCUACUUGUGCAGUGAUGAGUGUGAUGCAUCCAGCCCUGACCUGUCUCACCCUCCUCAGAUGAUGGGAGACAAGGAGAGGGGUGGGCUUAUCACCUACUGGCAGACAGUCACCUGGUCCCGUUAUCCUGAGCCAUUACUGGCCAACAUCACUUUGUCUUGGAACAAGAGUUUGGAGGUGGUUGAUGACAUCAUUGUUACCUUUGAGUAUGGUCGACCAACAAGCAUGGUGCUGGAGAAGUCGUUGGACAAAGGUGUGACGUGGCAGCCAUACCAGUUCUACUCUGAUGACUGUCUGGAGACCUUUGGCAUGUCACCUAAGCGUGUCUCUGAUUUAGCUCCGUCCAACCUGACCCGGGUAAUCUGCACUGAGCAAUACUCCCGCUGGGUUGGAGCCAAGGAGGAAAAGACCGUUGUGUUCGAGGUGCGUGCUCGGUUUGGAGUGUUCGCUGGUCCUAAGCUGAUCAACAUGGAUGUGCUGUACACUCGGAUGGAGACCAUGAAGGGUCUGAGAGAUUUCUUUACUUUCACCAAUCUUCGUCUGAGACUCCUCCGCCCAGCACUCGGCGGCACAUAUGUCCAGAGAGAAAACCUGCUCAAGUACUUCUAUGCCAUCUCCAAUAUCGAUGUACCUGCUAGGUGUAAUUGUAACCUGCACGCAUCUCAGUGUGUGCAAAGAGAUGCAACAAUGCAGUGUGACUGUGACCACAACACCACAGGUCAAGACUGUCAGCGCUGCAGCCGAGGGUUUAGAUCCCAGAGCUGGAGACCCGGAUCAUACCUGCCCCUGCCCAGAGGCACUGCCAAUGUCUGUGAAGCAGCAGAACCAGCAGCCAUGACGCAGAAGAUUCUGAUUCCAGGAGGACCAAAGUUCAGUCAACUGUCCAAAAUCGCCUACGUCAGCUUCCAGGACUGUGAAUGUAACGGCCACUCCAACCGAUGCAGCUACAUCGACUUCAUCAGUGUGAUCACAUGUGUGAGCUGUAAACACAACACUCGAGGGCAGAAUUGCCAGUACUGUCGCCUUGGGUUCUACAGGAACACUUCACUGCCCUUGGAUGAUGAGAAUGCAUGUGUAGAAUGUAACUGUGACCCGGACGGCUCACUCUUCCCUCACUGCUCAGACUCUGGUCGCUGUCAGUGUAAGGAUGGUGCCACUGGGCGGCGCUGUGAUCAAUGUUUACCUGGAUACACCUGGAGAGGUGGCGAGGUCAGCUGCACAGAGAACGUCUGUGAUGAGGAGCGUUUGGUUUGUCAAAAUGGAGGAACAUGCAUUGACUUCCAACGCUGUGUCUGUCCAGACAAUUUCACAGGUUUUUUCUGCGAGAAGAGCAUCUGUCUAAAAACAAGUAGUUGCCUUGACAAUGCUGGGGACUCUGCUUUAACUCUUACUUCAGGUCUUUACCUGCUGACUCUAAGCCUAAUCACAUUAAUCUGCUGCUGAACCUCCUUGGACAGACAGACCUCGUGUAAACUAUAAAGACUUCAUCUUGUAUACACAUCCUAACGUCUGCAAGUAUAAUCUGAAAACAUUCUUAAGUGAAGUUGGGCUUGACAUUUUAGGAGAUCAUCUAUUAUGUAAAUGCAUAAACGCUAAACGACGAGUGGAACCUGCAAAAAGCAGCUCAGCUGUCACAGUCAUGUUAAUAAUCAUUUAGCAAAGGUGUUGUGUAAUGUUUCACAUCAUUCUUUCCUCCCCAACGUGAUUUGGGUUCUAAUUAUUUUUGGGUUCUGUUUAAUGACCUGAGAGCAGACUGUGACUCAGUUACAUCGAUAAAACAGCGCUGUUUGUUUGCGCUGCAGAGACUCAUGAGUCAAGCAAAGAUCAAGAUUGUCCCCCAGGCUCCGCUAAGAACACAGGUUUAACUAUCACCUUGUGAUUAUUGACAGUGCUGUGUUCUGUUUGGACCAUGUUACCCAUAAACCAUCUUUUCAUUCAUAAACCCCUCAAUAUUCGUGAGAAGGUGACCACUGU